UGGAAUUAUUUUUUCUUUGGCAUUAUUUGCAACGCCGUAUCUUUCGGGAUUAAGAGAACUUCCAUAUAAACUUUGGUAUCCAUUCGAUUCAACCGUAACACCAGUGUAUGAAAUUUUGUACGGUUUACAUGGAUUUAUUAAUUUAUAUUUGGUUUUAAAUACAAUUUGCGGUUACGAUUUUUUAUAUUUUGGGAUGUGUUUAAAUUUAAUCGUUCAGUAUCAAAUAGGAGGUGAAAUUUUAAAGAAUGUAGGAAAAAAUUAUGGUUUAAUCGAAUUAACAUUGAAAGGAAAUGAUGGAAAGAAAAUCAAAAUUGAAAGAAGUGAAGAUGCAAAAUUAUUGUCAAUAUGUAUAAAUCAACAUAAAGAACUUAUUUGGAUGACUCAAAAACUGAACAAAAUAUUCUCCUUUGGACACUUUAUUCAAUUAACAACCAGCGUAACCGCUUUAUGCGUAUCAUUAUUUUUAAUUAACUUAAACGGAUUCAAAGAAAAUAUCCAAAUUUUACCAUACUGUUUCGGACAUCUUUCCCAAUUAUUUUUAUUAUGUUCAAUUUCAAACGAACUAACUUAUUGGGGUUCAAAUUUUGCAAAUUCCUUAAAUUUAAGUAACUGGUAUGAAAAUGACCUAAGAAAAAUCAAAAUUUACGUUGUAUUACUUAAUCUAAAAUCGCUACAACCCUACUCUAUGAAUGCGAUGGGAUUUAUUAAACUGAAUUAUCCUACUUUUAUUGCUGUUUUAAAAUUUUCGUUUUCUUUGUAUACAGUAAUGAGUGUGAUCUUAAAGUCCUCUUCGAGUCAUUAA